AUGCCGCGCGAGCACCGUGCAAAAGACGACGCCGGUACUUCCCCACUAGACCCUGAAGAAUCCAAUUCCGACGAGGCUGUACUACAUGCUACGGAACCACGCAUAGACGUACAAGAAGCAGAGCUUCUGAUCCAAGAGCUUAACGCGUUGGGCAUCGGAGAGGCAUUCAGCGAGCAGGAGUUCCUCCAUUACUUCGACCGGCUGGCCUGUCAACCUCCUUGGAUCGACCUUAAAGUCCGGCUGAAAGGCGAGGAACUUGUUAAGCUGUACGAUCGCCACGCACUCUGUCGCCUCAGAUAUUACAAACACAAGUUAAAACAAGCAUCCAAGGAAGAGCUGCGUGACGAUAAACUGAAGAGGAUUCUUGAUAUAUCUGAGGAUGACUGUAACAACGAGUUUCUUAAGAAAGAGAGGUUCUUCUGGCGUUUUGAGCAAGACGGGAGAUUUGAUUGGUGCUUUCACCCUGAUUACUUGGCAUGUUCUUUCCUGGAUGACUACCAACGCCUAGUUCCUAAAAAUCAUGGGUACAGCAAGUGGAGUGAGUACCACACAUACCUUCAUAGCUAUGAGCUGGAAAAAGAGUAUGUGGAGUACUGUCAGGAAUUAUCCAAGCAACUCAAGUGGAUGGAACCUUAUGUAGAUAUGGACCGGUCAUCUGUCAAGUGGGGUAAGAUAUCAUCCCGGGGAACUUUACAGGCAAUUAAGAUUGCUGCUACUAGCUUUCACAAGAUCACUUCGUGUUUAGCUUUCACUGGUUACUAUGAGUGUAAAGAGAGCAUGUCUUAUGAUACUUUUUGGUUUAAGGAGUAUGAUGGUGUCUAUUUUGAGAUUUGGCGGCGGGUCACUCAGGGAAUGAGUUUCGAGAAGGCUCUGGGGGAGGUUUAUAAUCUCAACAUGUUUCCGUUACGCCAACAUAUGAUGAAAGCUGCACUGGAGCAUGAGGAAGCCAUGAUGAUGGUGGAAGAUGAGUUUCUUACAUGCACAGCAACCAUUACCCCAGAAGUUAAAGAGGAUAAAGCUAAGGAGUUGAUUGCAGAUGCAGUUAAUAAGCGGAUUCAAAAGCCGAAGUCCUAUGAGGAGUAUAUCAUAAAGAAGAUACACAUUGCCCGCGUCAUUGGAAUUCUUGAUGCUGAUGAAGAUUGAGAUAAUAGUCAAACAUGCUUUCGUUUCUUAGAUUAUUAAAUCGGACUAUCCCUUCGCCUUUUGCUACUGUGCUGCCACAUGUGAUUGAGUACUAGAUGGUCCAUGCGCGCCCUGCCGCGCCGACCUUCAAUACUUCGAUUAGAUUUUGU